AUGCCGCAAAACAUCCGCUCAAUACUGGGCAAGGCACGCAUCACAAAGCAGAAACCUCGCUCGUCGUCCGCGCACGCGGCCCAGUCCUCGACCUCGUCCUCGUCCUCGUCGCCACGCAGGAGGAGGCGGCCGCCCCCCCAGGAACCGGAAUCCGAGCACGACGCCCUCUUCCCCCUCAGGUUCAGCGACCUCGGGGCGGCGCCGGUGCUCAGCGCCCGCGAGGAGCUCGGCCCCAGCGUCAGCGUCAGCCCCCGCGACGUGCCGCAGGCGAUGCGGUACAUCCGCGCGCGCAUGUUCUCGGCCGUGCCCCGGUCCGGGCUCCCGUCCGGCCGGAGGACCGCCGAGGUGCUCAACCGCCGCGCGUCGAUGCCGCCGCUCGUGACGACGGGCCACGUCCACGCCGUGCUGGCCGGGCCGCCGGGCAGGACCGAGCGCGAGAUCGCGGAGCUGGUGGGCAGGGGGGUCCUGCGCAGGGUGCGCGUCGAGCGGAGGGGCGGCGCGGGCGAGGCGCUCAUCGAGACGCGCGACCUGGAGGAGAUGCUGCGGCGGGCGGACGUGUCGGACGGCGCCGCUGCGUGCCCGGCCGGAGGACCGCGCGGCGCUGACGUCGGGGGGGGCGGCGCGCCCGCCCUGGCCGCGAGGGGCGGUGGCCGGGCCGCCUUCCGGGUCGCGGUGCCGGGGCACGGGGGCUAUCUCAAGCUGGCGGAUGGAGCGGUCGACUGGGUGCGCGAGGCGCUGGGCAGGACGAGGUGGGGAGAGGGCCCCGAGUCGUGGCUCAAGGAGAGGUUUGAGGGCAACGGACUGUACGGGACGAGGUGGAAGGAGUUUUGGGGCGUCGAGUGGGAGUGGGUGCUGGGUCAGGCCGUGGGCUUGGGUGUCGUUGAACUCUUCGAGACGGGCAGCGUAGGCAGGGGCGUGAGGCUCUUGGGCGGGUGA